AUGCCUUUGAGUUUAUCAACCCCCGUUCUGACGGUGGAUACGGAAAAGAUUCACAAGGUGGACACGGCCAAUGCGCAGAGUCUUCACGGGAUGUGGAUGGUCUUUUCGAAAUGUGCCGACUACAUGGAAGAAGGCCGUCGAUUGGAGAACCUGAGUUGGAGACUCUGGACACGUGAGACGUUCUGCGUGGAACCGGAAACAUCUAGCGAUACGUCCGUCUUGCCACUCCUGCGCCAGGAGGCCGGUGACCUGCCAGAACUCUCCGCCAGCGUGGAAUCUGCUGCUUCGGAUCAAGCGGAGCGGAUAGAACAUCACAUCAAGCGUCCCAAGUCUGACUACAGGCCCGCUGUCGUUCGUGAAGAUUCUCUGCUGAGCCUCGGCAGAGGCAGAGAGAAGCACAUCACAUCACUAGGUCUGGAGCGAAUGGUCCUCAACAUCAAAGAGAAGAGGAAUCUCGAACCCCUGUCCCCCAUGACUACUCCUGCCCCUCCCGUCGUCGACAUCACCCCUCGACCGUCUACUCCCACUCCCACUCCUCCCUCCGUCUCUACCACGAAACGAACUCCCCCCUACCCCAUCAGCCAACACCAACAACCGAACCAGUCUACGGAAUCUUGCUCGACCACUGCCCCCGACUGCAAUGAAAGCGAUGCUGCCAAUACCACCGCUUCCGACACCAGUGUCUCCUCUUCCGGCAUCCUUCCUACUCGUCCUGAAUUGAUUAAGUCGCCCAGCAUCGUCCGUGGUUUCUCUCCCUCGCAUGUGUCCUCGUCCUACCGGUCGCAGCCAAACCUGGUUGCCGAACCAAGCCCUGCCAAGUCUACGCAACUCAAGCCACUGCCCUUCAAGAAGAAGGGUGGUAUGUUUACCCUGGGUGGCUCGUCCGGUGAUGACGACGAAAGCUCUUUCGAAGAUAGGAUGGCGAUGCAAGGACCGCACCGUAGCUCGCUUUCAGAUGAAUUGGGCAAGUCUGCCAGCAACCAGCCAAGCCCGAAGAAAAAGGUGACCUCGUUCAAGGACCAAGUUGGAACCAUCAAGCCCAUCAAGGAGCGACCCAUCGAUAACGACGAGGAUGCUAUUGAGACCGAGGACGAGGUUUCCGAAAGCGCCAUUGAAGACGACGAGGACUCGGAUUGGGAAGAUUCCGUGACGGAAAGCGGCCGGUCGAGCGUGGAGGAAAACCAAAUGUUCCAACGAGUUGAUUCGCGACCGAAUCUGGUUUCACGACGCUCCCUUCUGACAAUGAUGAUGCACCAGCCCACGAAGAUGGGAGCCACCCGAUCGAGCCCAGCUUUGCAACGGUCGCGCUUGACAUCACCCAACGGACCUUCGAUCCCCGCCUCCCCACCCGAGGAUGACGAGGAGAACCUGACUAUGCGCGGACCCGACGUGCCUCGCUCCAAGCCUAUCAUCAUGAAGCCUUCCCCGCAAUCGGUCGCCCACUCCCCUCGGACGACGCGAAGAAAUAUGCUUGCCACCGAGUUGACCGAGUCUCUUCGCCGCCACCUUCUCUGGGAACGGCAACAGAAGAGUACCACCGCCAACGCCUUCUUGAAACGGCGACAUACCGCUCAUGACAUGGCGAACCUGCAAGAAUACCCCGGUCCUAACGGCAGUCAGAAAGGACAGGGCCCCAGUCAGGGUAUUGGCAUGACAACUGCCAACGCGUCCAAUCAGAGCAAUGACAAGGAUGUUGCGAAAACCGGUUCUUGGACGAAUUACACUGAUUUCGGACCCUGGGAGUACCACGUGAAGGGAUGGUAA